AUGUCUUGGUAUUUGGGAAUGUCACAGCCCGUAGCUAGGUUAGCAUGUGAGCCCUGUCGCCAGAGAAAAUGUAAGGCAAGUGUAUUCCCAAUUCAAGCCUGUUUCUGUGAUAGAACACUCCCGUCAUGCUCCAAAUGCCAGGGAGCCCCACAACAAUGCUAUUACUCCGAAGCGAAUAAAAGAGGUUUACCCCCCGGCUACCUUGCGGGAAUUGAACUCCGCCUGAAUGAGACUGAGAUCGCUCUACACAGAGCACUAUCGAGACUAUACAAUCAUUCUGAUGCCAGAUUCCAAGAAAGUCGAGAAUUUCCGCAAGCCUCCAAGGGUGAAUUGAUGGAGCAGUGGCAAGAAUUACCUCUAGGGUCAGACAUUGAUCUGGAAACAUGGUGGUCUCGGAAAACGAAAUAUGUCGAGCCACUCGAUAGGGAGUGGGGUCCACCGGAAGAGACCUCAACUCCCGAGACACAUAUUGCUCAUGGAAUCGAUGACAUCCCAUCUGUUGACUGGGAGCCUACAAAUGAAAGACAUAGAAAUAUUCCAGAUGGUACAGAUUCACUCACUCGGGAGACUAUGGCUAGUACAGUUGCUAGUCUACCAAGGCCCCCGAACUCAGUCGAAUUGCAAAAGAGCCCUGUGGACCCUCAGCUCCAAUUCGAGAGCGACAUCCCCGAUUCUUCAAGCUGGCAGAGGAAUUCACAAAUGCACAAUAUUGGUGAGACCAUAACCGUUGCAGAAUCCUUUGCAAGAGCGCAUCAUAAAACAUAUUUCUAG